CACACCAUCACUGUCCAUUAUUUGCCUUCGUCCCUUCUCUUCCUCUCUGCUCUCUGAAUCCCAGGGAUAGGAUAGGAUUCGAUUCACUAACCCCAAGCACUUCAACACCGUAGAUCCAUUUCCGCUCCCUUCCCCUGCAUUCCCCCUUUCACUGGUAAAACUUGAAAAGUGAAGCUUGCAGCUGAAUCCUUAGGUUGCUCCUUAUUGGUCAUUUUCCCUUUAGAGGUUCUCUAUGACCUAUACACUAGUCAGUUGAAUCAGCAAGAGAAUCUACCUGAUCUUCUUUUUCAAGUUGAUGGCGUCAGGGGGUGCAGCACAUGCUUCUAAGUUAAUAGAUGUAAACGCAAAAACAAAUGGCAUUGAUAGGUUGCCUGCCGAGAUGAAUGACAUGAAAAUUAGGGACGACAAGGAAAUGGAAGCAAUUGUUAUAGAUGGAAACGGGACUGAAACAGGACAUAUAAUUGUCACCACCAUUGGUGGUAAAAAUGGCCAGCCAAAGCAGACAAUAAGCUACAUGGCUGAGCAUGUUAUUGGGCAUGGAUCUUUUGGAGUAGUUUUCCAGGCGAAGUGCUUAGAGACGGGUGAAACUGUGGCUAUAAAAAAAGUUCUUCAAGACAAGAGGUACAAGAACCGAGAACUGCAAACCAUGCGUCUUCUUGACCACCCUAACAUCGUAUCUUUGAAGCAUUGUUUCUUUUCAACAACUGAAAAAGAGGAACUUUACCUGAACUUGGUAUUAGAGUAUGUUCCUGAGACUCUCCAUCGGGUCAUCAGACACUAUAAUAAAAUGAAUCAAAGGAUGCCGCUGAUAUAUGUCAAACUUUAUUUUUACCAGAUAUGUAGAGCACUUGCUUACAUUCACAACAGUAUUGGAGUUUGUCACAGGGACAUAAAACCUCAAAAUCUACUGGUUAAUCCUCACACGCAGCAGCUGAAGCUAUGUGAUUUUGGAAGUGCAAAAGUGUUGGUAAAAGGGGAACCGAACAUAUCAUACAUCUGUUCUAGGUACUAUAGAGCUCCUGAGCUCAUCUUUGGCGCUACUGAGUACUCUACAGCCAUUGAUAUCUGGUCUGCUGGUUGCGUACUUGGUGAACUAUUGCUUGGUCAGCCUCUCUUUCCUGGCGAGAGUGGAGUAGAUCAGCUUGUUGAAAUUAUCAAGGUUUUAGGUACACCGACAAGGGAAGAAAUCAAGUGCAUGAAUCCUAAUUACACAGAAUUCAAAUUCCCGCAAAUUAAAGCUCAUCCUUGGCACAAGAUCUUUCACAAACGUAUGCCAUCUGAUGCUGUGGAUCUUGUCUCAAGACUACUACAGUACUCUCCCAAUCUUCGAAGCACAGCUUUCGAGGCUCUUGUUCAUCCAUUCUUUGAUGAGCUGCGUGACCCAAACACUCGGUUGCCAAACGGGCGUUUCCUCCCCCCGCUCUUCAACUUCAAGGCAAAUGAGCUCAAGGGAGUGCCUGCUGAGAUGCUGGUGAAGCUUAUUCCCCCACAUGCAAGAAAGCAAUGUGCUUUGUUUGGGGCAUGAUGCAGCAUCUGUGGUUGAUAUCUCAAAUCUGUAAAAUAAAAAAAAAAAAAAAUUGUUCACGUUCUGUUCAUUUGUUCUAGUCCCCCUCAAUAUGUAAUAUUGGCCCUAGCUGUGAAAAGCUGUCUGAUGAGGAGCUUCAUCUUCGCCAUAAUAUGAUUUUCCGAUUCGAUGGUUUUACUAA